ACCCCCACCCCCAAAAACUCCCAUCUCCAUGAAAAACUUCUUUUUUUGGAUUCUCUUGGCAUAGACUCUUUACAUUGCCUGACUUCACAACCAUUUAUCAUUUCUUCCUCUUUAUCUCAUCUCAAAUCAGUUAUUCACUUCCUUUAUUCCCUUAACCUCACCAUUCUUGAUGUUCGGAGAGUUUUACAUAUGUGCCCGGAGAUUUUAACAGCUCCAAUUUCCACCACCCUUAGACCUGCCGUCACUUUUUUGCUCCGGGAAGUUCAUGUCACCGGAGAAAAUCUUCCGGGUGUUCUCCGUCGACGACCCCGGCUACUCACAAAGUGUGUAGACAAGCAUCUCCGACCGACCCUUUACUUUUUACAGAGUAGUAUUGGUAUCGAAGAUGUUUCAAAAUGUACGAGUUUGCUAUCUUGUUCUGUGGAGACCAAGUUUAUACCGCGAUUGGAUUACUUUCAGAGAAUUGGGUUUUCUAGGAGAGAUGCGAAAGUGAUGUUUCGGAGGUUUCCUUCGUUGUUUUGUUACAGUAUAGAGGAGAAUUUGGAGCCGAAAUUCGAUUACUUUGUGGUGGAAAUGGGGAGGGAGAUGAUGGAAUUGAAUGUGUUUCCUCAGUAUUUCUCGUUUAGUUUAGAGAAGAGGAUAAAGCCAAGGCAUAUGAUGUGUGUUGAGAAAGGUGUAUGCUUGUCAUUGCCUGUGAUGUUGAAGUCCCAUGAAUCGCGAUUUCGUGAUAGGCUGGAAGUUUGUUGUAGCUCUUCUAUGCCGGUGAGACAAUCUCCCUUUUGGUAUUGUACAAAAUUUGAUCAUAAUGUAACAUAGAUUGAAGUUAAAACCAUAUUUUUGCCCCAUUUUGUUUAUAAAAUUUUUAUGUUUGAUGAUCAUUUUAUCGGUUAUCUGUUUCCUGGUGGUGUAAAAUCUUGUUAAUUUCGUAUACAUUCAAGCUUAAAUGGAGCGACAUGGUCAAUAAGGAUUCAUAGGUGACCACAACUU